AUUGUGUUUUUGAUUGUUUAUUUAGAAUAAUUACUUAUCAGUAUAUUAAUGAUGGCUCGUAUGAGCGUGUGUCAUUCCAGUCGUUCCAUAAUAAGCCACCGGGGGUUUAACUAUAUGAAUGAGGCCGAGGAACUGACGGACGCCGACCUGAUAAAAGCCGUCAACGAACUAAAACAGCAGAUCAAAAUAACUAAUUUGGAGAACGACAUUCUUGAGAGGACUAUUAUGAGAUUGGACCCGACCCUGAUGAACAACAUCCAACAAGCCAUCGACUACGCCAGCAAGCUGGCCAGCUCACCCUCCAUCGGGGGCAGUUUCAUGAGGUCCCAGACCUCCAAGUUUGACUUCAGCCAGUCCAAGAUCCUUUCCAGCCCUUCCAGGGCUUCAACCAGAAGAGUGGAAUCAUCAGCCAAGAUAGGAGGGACGACGGUAUUCGGAACCGGCACCAGGAUCAACGUCAUGGCUCGCUCGGAGCUCGUCAACACUGAGAUGGAGACUCUGAUGCAGAAGCUGCUCAAUACUAGGAAGAAAGCUGCGAAACAACACGCAAUGCUGAAAGCUCAGUUGGAAGAGAUUGAAUUGAGGGUAGAAGAUAUUGAGAAGGCGAGUGCAGCGUUCAACCAAGAAGUCAUCGUGGACGGAUGGGACAAGCUGGCACAGCGGAUCCCCGCUGAAAUCUGGAUAAGGUACAUGACAGAGUGUAUGAAGAUAAGCGACAGCCAGAUAGGCAAGCUUCGCCUCCGAACCAGCACCCUUAACACACAGUACGCCAAGUUCAAAGGCCAGAUCAAAGUCAAAGCCGAGUUGAACGACAAGCUCAGGCCUGUGGACUUUGAUAAGAUUAAAAUUGAGAAUCAGGAAGCGUUGGCGAUUAUAGACCAGAAGAGUAACCAGUUGGAGGAACUGAAAAAGAUGACCGGAGAGGCGAAUCUCAACCUGACGGUGCACAAAAAAGCGAUGUGGGCGCAAAACUCGUAUUUGGCCACGCUAAUAGACACUAUCAAAACAAAAGAGCGGCAGGCGAAAGUUAUUGAUAAAGAGAGAGACGUUAUACAAGUACAGGCUGAUGAUUUAGCUGCCAGAUUGACGGAGGUGAAAAAAGUACGAAUCGCGUAUGAGGUCCCCGAUAUAAUGGACUACGUGGCCGUGAAGGCGGCCCUGGGAGACCUGCAGAAGGGCACCAAACUGCUGGAAAAUAGGCUCCGGAUCCAGCACAUCGCACUCAACUCCCUCCAGAGCAAACUGCGGAUCAUGAACGCUUAGGGUUCGUUACAGUAUUUGUAUAUUAAAAUCGUUUUAACCUUUUA